AUGGAAAUAAUUAUUGUAUUCAAUGAAUCAAAUGAGAGACAACCGUCAAAAAUUGCUGCUUUCUCUGGUAAUGGUUUCAUUUUAAAUAAAUUAAAAAAUCGACCAAUUACAAGUACUGAAGAAAGAAUUGAAAUUGAAUUUCAAACGAAACAAUCAAAUUCAAGUUUGUUUUGUGCAGGUAGUGAAACGCAAUUACUUCGUUUAGAUAUAGUCAACGGGCUACUCAAAGUAUUUCUACACUUGCCAAUCACCGAAACCGACAUUCAAUUAAAUUUAGCAGAAGGAAAUGAUGCAAUUACUCAAAAUCAUGGCAUUUACCGAAAGAACAAACUAUCAAGUUUAUUUCAGUUGGAUAUAUUGAUUCAAUCGAAGCUAGACCCAACAUUACGACUAGACGAUAACCAAUGGCAUUCUAUAAUAUUGGCAAGAUCAAACUCAUUGUUACAAGUAUACAUAGAUAACGACUUGGUAUUUACACGUCUGCUUGGUUCAUCUAAUUAUCAACGUUUAUAUUUAUUACAUACACAAAUUAUUGUUUUAGGUGGACCAUAUAAAUUAGGUGAUAUAUUUCAAAUGAAUUCAAUGGAGAUUGUAUCAGAUAAUAAUUUUAUCGGUUUUAUUUCUAAAGCGGUUUUUCAAGCCGACUCACUUGAAAUGAAUAUUCUAGAAUUUACUUUAUCUAAUUUACAUGGUUUUCGAAUUCAAUCAAUAUACCCUUUAACGAAUAAAACUUAUCAUCAUCAUGAUUAUCAAACUAAUGAAAUUCAAUCUUAUACUAUUGAACCUAUUGAGUUUAUACAAAUAUGUCAUUUAAUCACUAUCAUGAAUCAAAUGAUUACAUCAUCAAUUUCUUUUAAUUCAACCAUAUUUGAUGACGAUGAUGAUGAUCAUAUGUUUAUUAUAUUAAAAUUGCCAACAUUGAAUUUAUUACAAAAUUCUAUUGAAUGUAUUCAACAAAAUGUAAAAUCUACAAACAAUUUAAUUCAUACAUUAAAAUGGAUUCAUAUAGAAAUACAAUUUAAUCAAUAUACAAAUCAACAAAAUGGUUUAUUAUUUUUAUUAAAUGAUGAUACUACUAAUAAAUUAAAACAUUAUAGUUUAAUUCAAAAUGAUCAUCAACAAAUAAUCAAUAAAUAUCAUUUUAAUAAGAAUAUAUUGAUUGGUGCCGAAUUUCGUAAUAAUCAAUUAUAUAUUAUUAUACAAAAAAAUAAACAAAUAUGGUUUAAUAUAAAAUUAAAUUCAAAAUUCAAUCAAUUAUCAUUAUUACAUAAUCGAUAUAAAUUACUAAUUAAAUAUACAAUGAUUUGGUUAAUCAAUAAAAAUAAUAAUCAAUCAUUAAAUGAUUUAUGGCCAUUAGUCAAAAUACAAUAUGAUGAUGAUACAAUCGAUAAUUGGAUAACUGUUGGUCCAAAUAAUCAAUAUAGUGAUGAUAAUAAUAGUAAUGAUAUCCAUUUAACAGUAUUAAAUAAUGAACAAGAAUUGAAAUUAAUGAAAAAUUUAAAAAUAGUCAAUCAAGUUUAUCAAAACAUUUGGCAGAAUACAUUAUGGUUUGGUAGAACUAUCUAUUUAGGUGGUAUUAAUUAUACAAAAUCGAUUGAAAAUGGAUUAUUUAUACCAGGUAUUCAGAAUAUUCAUAAUAAAUAUCAACAUUUUCAAGGUUGUAUUACUAGGGUAACAAUUAAUGGUUUACGCUUGGAUUUACAAUCAGCUUUUCAAGCACGUAUACGUUAUUUACAAAGUAUCCAACAUGAAAAAAUUCAUACAAUUACAAAAUUUUCUUUACCCUUUAAGUGUGACAAUAAUAAUGUGACAACAGAAAUGUUCUCAAAUAUUUGCUCAUCAUUUGAUUCUGAUAAAUUAUCAUGUUCAUUAAAUAAACAAUAUCAUCAUCAUCACCAUCAUUAUCAUUAUUAUUAUUAUCAUCGAAGAGAGAGAUUAUUAAAUUCCUAUUUGUAUAACUUCACUGAAUUAAAAGAUUCUACACCAAUUAUACAUUUUAAUGGAUUACAAUUAAUACGUAUACAAUUGCCUGUUCAACAAUAUUCAUCAUUAUUAUGGAUUGUAUUUAUGUUUCAAACGAAUUAUUUAAAUGAAACUAUUUUAUAUACAAUACCUAAUAUACAAUAUGAAUUAAAUAUGAUAGAUAAGUUUAUAUCAAAGAAAAUAGAUAAGAAGAUGUUCACAUAUGAAGAAAUAAAUCAAUUUAUUUUACCUGUACAACAAUUAAAACAACAACAAAAAACAAUGAAUCAACAAUUCAUUUACAAUGAGACGGUUGACAACUUUCAAAUAUCACUUGUAAAUGGUUAUAUUCAUGUGAAAUAUAUUAUCAGUAAUAAACAUGAAGUAUAUGAAUUACCUGUCUUUUUAUCCGAUGGAAAAUGGCAUUAUUUUGAAUUGAUUCAUAACAAUUCAUAUAUAACUGUUUAUUUGGAUAAAAAUGUAUUUAGUCAAAGGACAAAUUUAACCAUUACAGAAUUACCUGUUCAACAAAUAAUUAUCGGAUCAUCCAAUUUAUAUGAAUCGUCAUUAUUGCCAAUAAAUUCUAGGGUUAACCAAAUUACUGGUUAUAAUGGUAUGAUUGCGCAUUUUUUAUACAAUGGUAUCGAAUUAAUGUCAUACAAGAAAAAACAUGUACACAUUCAAUAUCCAUUAAAUGAAAGUAAUUUAGAAAAUAACUUUGAAUUUACACUUCAUCAGUGGGUGGUUGAAUUUACUGCUCAAUUAUUUGAAUAUAACGUAGGAUAUAAGCCAACCAGUUAUGACUUCCCUGUACAAUUUAAACAAUCCAAAUGUUAUCUUUCAAUAAUCAAUAAACAUUUCGAAAAUGUGCCAUUACUUUUUAGGUUUUCUUUUAAAACAUCAAUUGAUCAAGGUAUUUUAUUAUUUAUUUUAAACAAAUUAAAUGACAAUUUUCUACUUAUUGAAUUAUUCAGUGGUCAUUUAUUAUUCUCAAUACAUUUUAAUAAUGAACUAAUAACAAAGAAAAUAACAACAUUGUCAAUAAAUAAAGGAGUAUUGUUUAAUGAUUCACAAUGGUAUACAGUUGAAUUAUUACAAGAGAAUAAAGUAAGUGACAUAUUGACAAUUCGAAUAAAUACACAAACAUCAAUUGAGACAUUCACUAAUUUAGAUUUAAAUGAAUUGCUUAAUUAUAAACAAUCAUUUUCAAAUUAUGUAAUCAAUAUUGGUGGUUGUUCUAUGUCAGAUUUUAUGAAAUUUCAAGGUAAAAUCAAAUCUAGAUUUGGCUUUCAAGGUUGUAUUGCCAAUUUCCAAUUGAAUCACCAUCCAACAAUCAAUCUUCUACAAAUGGCUAAAAUUUAUCCGAGUCUUGAUUGUAAUGAUCAUAUAGUAUAUGGAUGUGAAUCAAUGACUUCUGGUUGUGCAUCAUCACAAAAUAGAAAUAAUAAUAUCUAUCCAUUUCAAUCAAGUCUUCAUGAGUUUGAAUCUAGCGAUGAUUCGAGAAAUGUAUAUAUGUGUUAUAAUGAUGGAGAAUGUUUGGACAAAUUAAAUACAUUUUAUUGUGCAUGUGAUUUGACUACGUUUCAAGGUCAUCAGUGUAACGAAGUUGGUACGACUUUGCACUUUGGUAAAAUCGGUUCACUCAGUGCCUAUUUGUUCAAUUCCAAUGAAACUUUAACUAAUGCAAAACAAUAUACUGGAUUUGUACAAUUUGAAAUUGAGUACAAUGAUUUAUAUACCGUAAAUGAUAUAUUCACUUUCGGACUACAAUUAGAUAUAAAAAGGUUGCAUCAUACUGACAAGUUGAAAUCAAUUGAUAGUGAUUUUAUCACUUUGUUAUUUGCUGGAAAUCAAUUUCAAAAUAACUUGACUUAUCUUCAUAUCUAUUUGGAACAAGGAUAUUUAAAAAUGAAAUUUUUAUUGGAUGGUUCAAUGAUUGUUAUUGAUGGUCCAAAGAUCAAUGUACAAGAUGGAUAUUAUCAUAGGAUUCGGGGAAUUAGAUCCAGAAAUCAGAUUCUUCUUGAAGUAGAUCAAUAUCAAACUGUUUAUCGUUUGUACAAUGAAUUUACUUCACUUUUGAAAACACGUUUUGUUUGGUUGGGUCAUUCACCAUUGUCAAAUUGUUCGGAUUUCAUACAAGGUUAUGUAACAGGUAUAUAGUUUAUUUCGUUUAAUUCUGUGAUUAUACAUAUUGUUUUUAUUAUGCAUAUAUUUGGAACGUUCAGCAUUUAGUAGAUCAGUAUCUGACUUGAAUAUAUAUAUUGUGUGCCGAGGAGAGUGUGAAAAGCAAUACAUGUGAGAGAGCUGACGACUCAGUAUAUGGAAUGAAAUUAUAUUUAUGAAGGAAGGCAAUCAACAAUGAAUAGCAAUAAUGCGAGAGUAAGACUAGGACAAUCUAAUAAUUGAAACUAGGAAUUAACAGUAAAAUGUUCCGAACAUAAUACUUAUUAACAAAUCUUGUAAUAUAUAUCAAUACUAAUUCAUAUUGCUUAGUUUUAUAUUGAAAAGCACCUUUAUCCAUCUACCUUUUUUGCACCUAUUAUAUUUCAGAUUCCAUAGGAAUGUAAUGUUCCUUUAAAAAACACUUUUUCUAAAACAAUCGCAUUCAUUCAGCGUUCUUUGGGAGAUAAGAGUUGAAAUAAUUUUGGCAUUUAACACGUAUGAUCGCCUAAAAUGUCUAUCAGAGCAUUAAGAAAAGGCUAUUAUAGUUCUCUGUGAUAUUCUAUCUGUGAAAAAAGUAUCUUUACUGAAGUCGAAUUUUUAAAAACAGGGUUUACUAUAAUGGAUUACGGUUAACUGAUCUUGCAUCUGGUUUACAGCAUCUGGCAUUUGUUAAAGUUACGCGAUACGCUGAAGUAGAGUAUACAAAUACAUUUCAAUUGAAAUUAGGACCAAAUAGUCCAUUUUACACUAAAUCCAAUCUACGGAAAAGAAAAAAACCAUUACAACUGUCGAAAUCUACAUCUUCAAUCUUCAGUCCACUUUCAAUUUCAAAUGAUUUUAUUACAGAUUUCAAUAAACCUAAUACAAAUGGAAAUAAAUGUUCAUCAUGUAUAAACAAAGACGAUUUUUCACGGAAUCCAUCACCACUUGUAUCAUCAUCAUCAUCAUCAUCAUAUUCAAAUGAUUUACAACCUAAUUCUGAAAUUCAACCAACCAUAAUAACAUUUACAAAAUCAUUAAAUAUUUGGUUAUUUAUUUGUUUAAUUUUAACAGGUUUAAUUUUAAUCAGUUCAUUUGGUUUCCUUAUUUAUCGUUGUACACAACAUAGAUAUAUUGAAGAAUAUAACAAUCAUAUUGAACAUCAUGAACAAUCUACUUCAACAAAUGAACCACAUUUAUUACAAUCAAUAGAGAAUGUUAAAAUUAAUCAAUUAGGGAAACAAGAAUACUAUGAAAAUAAUCAUUAUUCUCAAAAUCAAUUACAACAAAAUAUUUCAUUCUAUCAUACAGGGUAUUUAAAUGAUCAUAGAAAUGAAUUGAAUUCAAUAAUACCUUCUUCAUUUUCUAUUCGUAAUGAUCAAUAUGCAAAUGAUAAAAUUGAUAGUUUAUCAACAUCUUUAUAUAUAGACAAUGUAAUUCCAUCAAAUCGAAAUGAAACUUAUACUAGUCAGAAUAAAUUACAACAUGAAUUCAAUAAUCAACAAAUUGAUGAUUAUAAAUUAGAUAGAUAUGUAAAUUUAUCUACUUGGUCUACAAUACGAAAUAAUAAUAAUAAUAAUAAUAAUAAUAAUAAUAAUAAUAAUAAUGGUAAUAUCUUAAAACAUUCCGAUUUCUUUACUUAUCAUCCUCAUCAACACAAAUCUAGUAUAAAUCAUCUUACAUUUGUACAAAGUAGACCAGCAAUGUAAGAUAUGUAUCAUGUAUGUAUAUGUGUGUGUGUGUUUGUUUGAUUACAUGUCUCCAUGUUAGGUUAAUUAUAUUAUAUUAUGUUUUGGUUAUUACAUAUUGAUGUAAUAAAACAUAAUUUAUGUUACCUCUUUGUAUUUAUGCUUAUUUUUGUGUGUGUGUGGGUAUCAUUCAAAAGCUAAAUACAGAUAAAGCUAUUCAACAGGGUAUGCUGAUAUUCCAUUUGAUCAGUACAUAUAUUAAAAUAUAAUUUAGACAAGUUGAAUACUAUAAAUCUCUUUUAUUUUCCUCUUAUAAUUAAUUUGUUUUAAAGUUAAUUGUUCUAUAUUAUUAUAUUACUAUUAUAUAAAAAGAUUAUUUCUUUCCAUGUUGUUAACCUUUUUUAUUGUGUAUACAAGUAAAAGUCUAAUUUUCUAUACACAAACAGUCUCUACAAAAAAAAUAUAAUCACAAUUCUGUUGCUAUGACAACGAAAAUUCACAUUAUUUUCAACAGAUCAUUCAUUAUUCAAUGUUGAUUUCUAACGUAAAAAAAACACUUAUGAUUCUAUCAAUUCAAUGAAUUAAAUAAUAUUCAUCAUUUCAGUUUUAUAUAAUGAAAUUGUAGUACAUUUUCUAUGAAAUAAUUUAUUUUAUUGAUUUUUAUUAAAUACAAAUAAUAAUAAUAAUUAUUAUUAU